AUGGUAGCAGUGCGUUUCUCGGCGUCAAAGGUGGCCCUGGUCACCGGGCUGCACGACUAUGGCGAUGUGACGGAGGAGCUAUUGAAUUGUGUCUAUCAAGAUCGAGAAGAGUUGCUGAAGAGAGAUGCUAACCGACUGCAAUUACGAAUCGUGUCUAAAGACCAAGAGCUGGAGCUGCUCGUGCGAAAGAGUGGAGCGGCUGUGGCUUCGAAGCUUCGGGCAGCGCUGUGUUGGUCUAAAGAGAAGUCGUCCCCCGCGCGUGUAGCAGUAGCUCAACAGCUACUGACGGACAUUAACAAGAGGCUAGCCGAGGCACAAAAGGCAGACAAACUUGCGAAGGCUGAGGUGCGCGAAGUGCGCAAGCUGCUGGUCGAAAAGAUCAACACAAGUGUUGGCACACGCAACGAAUUGCUGGCUCUGAGGGCUUACGAGCGACAAAUCGGGUCCAAGGUGCGGCUUACGAACGAGCAUUUCUAUUUCCUGACUUUUCCUUUUCCGCCAAAGACAAAUAGAACGUAUGAUGCAAAUGAAGAGACUUGUAUGGACUAUGUUUUGCUGGCUGGUCAAGGGCAACGCUCAAUGACAGUUAAACGGCCGUCCAGACGAGCCCAUAGUUCCACCAAAGAAACUUUGACCAAUAAAGAAGUCAAUGAAUUUUCUAAGGACGGCCUAUUUUCUAUAUGUGGCAUGGUAGACGGAGUGGCUGAUGUGCUGACCAUAUCCUCCGAAGAUGAGUGGGGGUUAACUCCUGUAGUUGUGGAGAUCAAAAAUCGCAUGCGAGGAUUUCGUUCGCCACUGCCGCUUUACGAUCAGGUACAAUUAGCGGUAUAUAUGAAAAUGCUCGGUGUUGAGCACGGCGACUUGGUGCAAUGCAUUUACGGCGCUAAUCACCAGCCCUCCAUUCAAGUAUCGCGCGUGUCGCUGAAUGUAGCACCGCUUCAUCUUUCAGCGUCCUCAACACAGAAAGAGUUAGACUUGUGGGCAGAAGUGAUUGUACCACGACUAUAUGCCUUUACAGCUACUGUGCAAAAGCUACGUGAUAACGAAUUGCUGCGACUCAGCUUUUUAAACGGUACCGGAGAAGAGCGACGCGCUUUAUUGCGGGUAGAAUGUUAUUACUUAUAG